AUGUACAUUUUGAAUUCAUUUAUUAUUAAAGGAAAAAAGCUUUCUUCUUCGGUGCUUGUUAUUGUGCCUUAAAAUCAGAAUUAAUCAAAAUUCCUCUAAUGGAGUGGACCUGUCUGCAAUCAAGAGUGUCAUGGAUAUUGUGUGAGUUACUUUCCAACUGAAGGUUGCGUCAAAACAUGUGGAUGCACUCCUCCUGUUGCACUAUCACUUGCAUCUAAUAUUUUCGGUCUGAAUUCUUGGGAGGCCAAUCCAGCUUAGAAAGCUCCAAUCGUAAUGGUAGCACUUCAAACAACAGAAGCAGAUAUAUCGAAUUGCAUUUCAACUUGCAACCUCAAAUGUAAAACUGAGAACAAUGAAAAAAGAUAAUCUUGCGUGACCUUAUGUGUAAACUAAUGCAAAGCCUCUUAUGAUCUCUCUAAUGGGAAUAAUGCUAAUACACUUAGGCCAGUAGUCUCAAAUGAUACAGCUACUUCAAAUUAGACUAACUCAACAGCUCCCACUUCUACUUCAACAAAUAAUCCAUCUACACAGACAGGAGCCUCAUCAACUACUCCCACAAAAACAGCAGAUACAAGUACUGCAAAUACAUCUACUACCUAAGCAACUCAAUAAACCUCUACUACAUCAAACUAAGCCUAGACACAGACGAAUACAGCUUAAUCAUUGAUUGUUUCUGGUGAUACAUCUGGAGUAAUAUCACAAUAAGCAUCUUCUUUAGUUACCUAAAACUCAACAACCUAAACUGUGGCUACUGAAAUUCAACCGAUCGCAGGCACAGUUGAAUCAAACACAAAUACCUAAUCAGAUUCUUAAACUGACAGCUAAAGUACAGCAGUCUAAUAGCCAGCCAUUUAAGUUCUCGCAUUAUUCGAAAAUCCCUCUUAAUGUAGUCCAAAUUGCAUUGCUAGCUGCGGGCAACGGUCACUUUCAACAUCAGAUUAAUAACUUACUUCAUGUUUUAAGAAUGACUGUGGUUGUUCCCUUGAAUAUGAUUCAUUUGCUUCUGAUGAGAAUAUGAUUCCAGUUGCUAAGAAUUUUUACAGCUAUUAUCUCUAGAAUCAGAGAGUAGAUUCUCUUUAAGCACUUAAGCUCGGACUCACCUCUGAUUCGCAUAAUGAGAAAUAUGCCCAACUUAUUAGGGAGAUUUAACCAACUACUAAAAAAUCCUAUAAUGACAUGGAAUUCACAAGUUACUAAUUAUUCAUUAUGUCCUUCUUGGUAAUAAUUGGAUCAUUGAGCAUUGGUACAACAGUCUAUUUUGUAAAGAAACACUUCUUUGAGAGUGAAGAGAGUGAUAAGUUACUUAGAUACAAGUUUAUAAAAAAUUACGAGGAAUCAGAGAGCACUAAUUCAUGCUACCAUUUCUCUAAGAAUUGA